AUGGCAUCGACAAAACCAAGAAUGCCAAAAAGUGCUCAUGAAGCUCUGCAAUCCAUGUAUGCCACAGAGAUUGGCCAACGGCUCAAAGUACUUGAAAACGCAGUAAACCCUGUUGUUCAAGCUACUCAAACAUAUGUAAUCCGUUUGGAUGGAGUAGCCUUCCACACUUUACUCAAAGGUGUCAACAAACCAUUCGAUACUCGGAUUGGUGAAUCCAUGGUUCAAACUACCAUGGAUUUGAUGCAACGAUUUAGUGCUACUACGGCGUAUACUCAAAGUGAUGAAAUCAGUCUCGUGUUUCCGAAUGUUGAUGAUGUGGUCAGUGUAGAAGGAGAAGAUACGAUCAUGAAUCAAGCUGAUGAUGCUAAAACAGGAGCUACUACAGUAAAUAAUGGCACAGAAUCAGCAACAGCAACAAACAAUAGCAACACCAAAAAGGACAAGAAAAGAAAACGCCAACGCCAAGCACCAACCCACGCAUAUUCAGGCCGUAUACAGAAACUAGCGUCCGUAACAGCCUCAUACGCAGCCGCAAGAUUCAACCACCAUCUAGCAUCCCACACAUAUACCGAUCUAGCUCCCCAAGUAUCCGAACGUCUCCAUUCAGGAACCGCAUACUUUGACGCCCGUGUAAUCCCAUGCACAUCGCCCAAAGACGCGAUGGAAUGUAUAUUCUGGAGGUCCAACUUUGAUGGACUUCGAAAUGCGGUACACGCGAUAGGCCAAUCGCUCUUCCAUCACAAGGAGCUACAGAAUAAGAGUAUCGUGGCGCAGAUUGACAUGUGUUGGAAUCUCAAACAGUAUGAUGUGUUUGAAAAGGUUGAGAAGCGGUACUUGUAUGGUGUGUGGAUUAAGAAGGAGGUUUAUGAGUUGGUUGGGGCUGUACAUCCCAAGACGGGUCAGUUGUUGGAAGGGGUUAUGAGGCAUCGGUUGAGGAGGGGGAGCUUUAAUUGGGCGGAUUGGAGUGAGGUUGAAAGGAUAUCGUUUGUGAUGGAGAAGUUGUGGAUGGAUGGUGAGAGGUCGCCACCUAAGGAUGACUUGUUGUUGAAUGGUGCGGUGGAGGCAGUUGAGUCUCAUCCGCAGGAUGCGCAAGAGAAUGGUCAGGAUGAGGCUCAAAAACGUGUAAAGAAUCGCUCUCAUCGAUACUUUGUCAGGACACUCUCAUGGUAA